AUGUUUGCUCGUCCGAUAUCAAUAUUUUGUUUUGGUGCCCGCACCACACAUUUCCCCACCCUGCGGUCCACUGCACAGUCCUUUCAACAUGUUUCCUUGCAUGCUGCUGCUUAUUCAAAUCAUUUACAUUUCCAUACGCUUUUAUCCCCUUUCCUUUCCCUUGUCCAUGCGGUGCGCAAACACAGCGUUUUUUUUUGUUAUUCAGUGGGCUCCACGUGUGCCAGAAUUUGUUGUUUUAAAAGCCGCAUUCACGUUGGCGAGUUCGUCGGGAAGGAAGUGAAUCGUUAG